AUGGCUUCAGUUCCGCCCGAUGAAAUUAUCCCGCCGUCAGCCACAACGCCGGAUGCGAUGUCUGGUGCUAUCAGAGUUGACGGCUCGCCUAAGAUAAAGCGUCACAAAAGGCUGCUCAACCGCCUUCAUCGAAUGUCGUCAACCUCCUCCCUCGAACGACUGGGAAGACACCGCUCGUCUUCAAACAAUAGUCGCCGGAUCGGAAAAGGAUCUAUGUCUUGCGUUUCACUGUCAUCAACGCUCUCGAAUGGACAGUGCUGGGAGAGUUCCAGUUCUUCACAGCUCUAUGGAAGAUCUUCCCGAGGUGCAACUGACUCUAGAAAUGUCGACGAUGAAGAAACUAAUCCAGCACGGAUUAUCGAGACGGAGCUUCUGCCUUUAAAUGGAGUGCAACAGACUUCCAUCCCUCUUCCAACUGAAUUUCGACCACCCUCUCGUGGAUCUCCGUUAAAGUCUUCGCUUGCGCUCGCCGCUGACAUAGAACAAGCCCAUGGUGAAGAGAACAUUAGCGAAAUUCCACCUGAGAAGCAAAAUAUAGAUCAUUGGACUCCCCUUCCCCCGGAGAUCCAACUUCAAAUUCUCAGCUGGCUCACGCCAAAGGAGCUGGCCCAAAGUGCGCGUGUAUCGAAACAAUGGUGCUCACUAUGUUUUGACGGUCAGCUAUGGACGAAUUUUGAUGUUUCGACAUAUUACCGUGAUAUCCCACAGGACGCACUAGUUCAGCUAAUCCUGAAUACAGGGAGCUUUAUCAAACAUCUGAACCUCCGCGGUUGUGUUCAAAUGCGGGAGGCCUGGCUUCAUAGUGGAGAACAAAUUACAAACGCCUGCAGAAAUCUAGCCAGUUUUAACGUUAGAGACACUGAGAUUGAUAAGACAACAUUGACUUUUUUCCUAGUCCGGAAUCCCGGGCUCUUUAAAAUUAACCUGAGCGGGCUCAUGGCAGCUACAAAUUCCGAAAUGGGGGUGAUCGCUAAAAGUUGCCCAUUGUUGGAAUACCUUGAUAUUUCAUGGUGUCCACGGAUCACUAGCAACUCUGGCCUGAGAGAAGUUGUGAAAGCCUGUGGUCAGUUAAAAGAGCUGCGUAUUGGUGAGCUCCAAAUAGCCAAGAAUGAUGGGCUUAUGCAGGCACUAUUUGAUACAAAUCAUCUCGAGACCCUCAGCAUAGCCAAUUGUCCGUAUCUUACGGAUUCGACACUAAAAAUUCUUGUCCAUGGCUCCGAUCCGGAGAUAGAUAUCUUGACUGACCGUGCCAUUGUUCCUGCCCGCAAAUUUAAGCACCUUGAUUUCUCCGGCUGCACUCGUAUUAGCGAUGCUGGAAUUGGAUUUCUCACGGGUUAUGUCCCUGGUCUAGAAAGCCUGCAGCUAUCAUUUUGCACCGGUCUCGAGUGCACUUCCAUCGCGAAUCUUAUUCUCAGCACUCCACGUCUUAUCCGACUGGAGCUUGAAGAGCUGGAAGCCCUCCAGAAUAAUGCCCUGUCUACAUUAUCGAUUGCCCCAUGUGCUCCCACGCUUCAACACCUGAAUGUCAGCUACUGUGAAAACAUUGGAGACCCCAGCAUACUGCAGAUCGUGAGGAACUGCCCCAAUCUAAAAUCUCUGGACCUGGACAACACGCGAGUAUCUGAUUUGGCGCUGAUGGAGCUUUGUUCACAAAUGCGGAAACGGGGAUCUGGUGUUCAGUUGCCUAAAUGUGGAUUGAGACUGGCUGUUUUCGACUGCGGGAAUGUUACUUGGGCUGGUGUUAGGGAGGUCCUUUCCACCAAUACCUACGUUCCACGCUUUGCAGAAGCCGAGGCUAUAACUUCUGGCUCCGAAUCAGAUGCAGAAUCUGAUGUAUCAUCGCCGUCAUCGUCCACUUCAUCACUAACGGUUCUCCAAUCGCCGGCCCCAGUGCAGUCGCCGAGCAAACCUGACAUCUAUCCGAACGAAAUAAUCCAACUGAAAUGCUUUUAUGGCUGGCAACCAACAGUUGACAAGCAUACGAAACGUGUUCUAGCAGGCCACCUUGGCGCUGCCAUGCGUCUUGAGCGUAAAUGGGCGGAUUGCAUGAUUGCUCAUGAAGAGGCUGAGCUUGGCGGCCCAGGUUCCAGACGACGACGACGCAGAGCGCGAAACGCUGAGCUGUUGUAUAAUAUGGAAGACGACGAUGAAGUCGGAUAUGGUUACGGACCGGCAGGGCUAGUUUCUCUCGGAAAUCGCAGAAGAGCAAGGAGCGGUGGAUGUGUUGUUAUGUAA